GUUAAAAACCUAACAGAAGAGAUGGCAGUUUUGGAUGAAAAUAUUGUAAAGUUAACUAAGGAGAAGAAAGCCCUCCAAGAGGCUCAUCAACAAGCUCUAGAUGACUUACAGGCAGAGGAGGACAAAGUCAACACACUCACUAAAGCCAAAAUCAAACUGGAACAGCAAGUGGACGAUUUGGAAGGCUCUUUGGAACAGGAGAAGAAAAUCCGCAUGGAUCUGGAAAGAGCCAAGAGGAAGUUAGAAGGGGACUUGAAACUUGCCCAGGAAUCCAUAAUGGAUCUAGAAAAUGAUAAACAACAACUGGAUGAAAAGCUGAAGAAGAAGGACUUUGAGUAUAGCCAGCUGCAAAGCAAAAUUGAAGAUGAACAAAAUUUGGCCAUCCAGCUACAAAAGAAGAUCAAAGAACUGCAGGCAUGA